CUCUGUUUUGCUAUCGAAUUCACCUAGAGAGAGAAGCUGAAAUGGGGAGCUCAGGUUUUGAAGGAAAAGUGCUGGAAAUGUUUGAAGUUGGGCCAUGUGGAGAUGCUUACCAGAUGGGUUUCCUAAUAGGCCAGAGGUUCUCCAAUCACAUCAGAAGCAGAUUGGCCAGAGACCUGAUUCUUCAAGACCAACUCCUACCUUUUGCCCAAACCCCACAAGCACAACCACUUCUCAAAGCUCUUACUGAUAAUAACCAAAAGAAGUUUCCAAGAUAUUGGGAUGAACUCCUAGGGACAGCUGAGGGCAGUGGAGUGCCUGUUCUUGAUAUAAUACUGAUCAACUUCAGGAAAGAGAUUCUUCCAUUUCUUCCAAAGACUACGAUAAAUUCCAUUGCCGAUACUCCAGAUGACUGCUCUGAUGUUCUCAUUGUCAGUGAUUCCAUUGCCAUGGCAGCACACAAUGAGGAUGCAAAUGUUGCUCUAGUUGGCCACACCUACUUGAUAAAGGGAACGCUUUCAAAUGGAGUAUCCUUCAUUGCUUAUACAUAUGCAGGAGAGCUCCCAACCUGUGCAUUUGGAUUCAACAGUCAUGGACUGGCAUUCACAUUGAAUUCAGUACCCCCAACUGAAGAGGAGAUUGUAGCUGGUGGCAUUGGAAGGAACUUCAUUUCUCGCGAUCUCCUUGAAGCAUCAAGCAUUGAUGAUGCAUUAACUAGAAUUCGUUUAUCAGCAGAAGUUUCUGUGGGACAUAAUUAUAAUCUGAUUGACACAAGAACACGCAAGAUUCUCAACGUUGAAACAGCGUCAAGGAACCGGAUUUCCAUUAGAGAGAUUGGAGCAACACCAUUUUUCCAUGCAAACAUGUAUCUCCAUCUUCCUGUCCAGCAGGUACAGGAUGAGAACUCCAUAAGCAGGCAAAAUAGGGCAGCUCAGCUACCAAAAGGAUCAAGAAACGAAUUCCUGUCACUUCUUGGAGAUAUGGAUGACACAAAAUACCCCAUCUACGGGACAGGUCCAACACUUUACACACUAUGUACGGCUGUAAUAGAUCUGGAUGAACAAACACUAUCAAUUAUUGAAGGGAAUCCAAAGAAAGGAGAAGCUUCUCAUGUCUUCACCAUGUCAUCAAAAGAGUUCAAGAUGCCACAAUAAAGCUCUUAGCUGCCUUCCUACUUCGUUUGCUAGAAUCAGAAGGAACUCAUUUCUAUUAUACUUAAACUGGUUCAUAGAGGCCUAACAUGUGGCCAUCAAGACCUCGCAUGGCUGCAACCUGAUUCAAGAAAAAUUAUACAAGACCUUUAGAUCCUGAAUAACGAGUCUAAAAUCAAAUUAAAGUUUUCUAGAGAGAUUAAGGGCAUAUUACCUUUCCGUGGAUCUCAUAUUUGAUGGGGCCAUCUAGUUCAGCUCCUAAUGCCAUCAAUUUUGUCACUGUACUGUUAAUGUCGGUCACUGUGAAUGAUAGAAGUGAAGAGUAUCCAUUCUG